AUGAGCCCCAUUGAGUUACCUCCAUCGACUUCCGAAGAAGCAAACGGGAGGCAAUCGCAUGACUAUCCGAACUUGACGAAAGGCAACCCAAUACAAGAAAAGGUGUUUUACCACCAAUCCUUCCCCUCUCCAAUGCCCAACACACACCCCAUUGUUUCCAGAGACAUCGUGAAAUGUAACCGUCGGGUGGUACGGGAUACCGGCGUAAGCCGCUAUCGAAUUGCUUCUAUGGCGGCGCGUUUCCGCAGUGCCUGGCUUGGUACUUUGGUUACCCAAAGCGCAGGGUGUCCGGGGACUUUCUCCCAAAGCAAUAUUGGAAAAGGGAGCGAGGCUCCCCUUUGUGUGUGA